AUGGAUGUAUUAAAAGAGAAAAUUGGGAAAGAAAUUGGGGCAGGUCGAGUUAAAGGUCCUUUCCAGGAACCUCCCUUUAAAAUUUUUAGAGUAUCUCCCUUGGGAUUAGUUCCAAAAGUUCAGAUAGGAGAAUUCAGGAUUAUUCAUGAUCUUUCUUCACCUGAGGGUAAUUCAAUGAAUGAUGGAAUUUGCUCCGAUUGUAAAUCUGUAAAAUAUCAAUCAGUAGAUGAUGCUUGUCAUCUUAUUCUGCAGUUUGGUAGAGGAUGUCAGCUAGCAAAAGUUGAUGUGGAGCAUGCUUAUAAGUUAAUUCCAGUACACCCAGACAAUUUUAACUUGUUCGGGUUUGCUUUAGAUGAUGGUUUUUAUUUUGAUAAAACGUUGCCUAUGGGCUUGAGCUACUCCUGUCAGUUGUUUGAAGUGUUCAGCACAUCAUUGCAUUGGAUAGCAGAGAAUAAAUUGGGUAUACAAGGUUGUGUACAUAUUCUUGACGAUUUUCUAUUUGUUUCCCCUGCCCCGGCUAGGCUGUGUCAGGUUGGAUUAGAUAGGUUUAUGACAAUGGCAGAGCGGAUAGGUCUCCCAAUUAAGCAGGAGAAGACUGUUUUACCUACAACUUGCUUAGUAUUUAUGGGGUUAGAGUUGGAUACAGUGGCAAUGGAAAUUAGAUUGCCAUUAGAAAAAUGUCGGAAAAUGGUGAAAAAGUUCAUGGCAAGAAAUUGGACGACACUUAGGGAAUUACAGUCUCUGAUAGGUCUGUUGAAUUAUGCUUGUGCAGUUGUAUUGCCAGGUCGCACAUUUUUGCGUAGGAUAACUGAUCUGGCAUACAACAACCAAACGAAAAGAGGGGGCUUAAUAAGGAGGCAAAGCUAG